CUUAGUCGCAGAUCACUCGGAAACAAACUAUGACGAAUGAAUUCAAGUUGGACGAGUUUGCUGGAGCACUGCGCUCGCACGUCUCCUUGAAUGCGACAGAAUCAUCCUUGAAAGGCCGCCAAACGAGUUCGAAACAAGUGCAUGCUUCGAACGAAGUGAAAAACUUCAUACCAAUGUCUCAGCAAGCUGUAUCACGGGAAAACCACGACUCGAAAAAAGCGGCAACGACGGCGGAUGAUCUGGCCAGCACGUACGAUCGAUGGUCUCUUUUGGACGAUAGCAAAAUCGACUACGGCUAUCUUGCCAAGACGGGCGGUGUCGCGCCUCCACAAGCCUCCCAUAGCAAAUCUUCCUUCUACUUGACCACCGCCAUCAACUACACCAACGGUCCUGCGCAUAUGGGUCAUGCCUACGAGGCCGCCACUUCCGACGUGAUCGUGCGCUACCAGCGUCUCCUGGGAACCCAUCCCGUGUACUUUGUGACAGGCGCCGACGAACAUGGACAAAAGAUUGCUCAAACAGCCGCGGAUGCCGGAAAGGUACCCAUCGAUAUUUGUGAUCAAUAUGUGACGGGAUUUCAAGUUUUGAAUCAACGCAUUUUAAUUGCUAAUGAUGAUUACGUGCGGACGACAUCGGCUCGUCACAAACAGUUAGCACAAACGCUCUGGCAAAGGUGUGCCGAUGCCGGUGACAUAUAUUUAGAUACCUAUUCGGGGUGGUACAAUGUGCGCGAAGAAACCUUUGUGACAGAUAUGGAAGCCCAGCAGCUGGACUACAAAGAUCCCACUUCCGGACUUCCGCUGAAACAAGUUGAAGAAGAAUCGUACUUUUUCAAAAUGUCCAAGUAUCACGCCCAACUCGUGGCACACAUUGAAUCUAAUCCAGAAUUUAUUCAGCCCGACGCUCAUCGUAAUCAGAUUCUUGCACGCCUCCAUACUGAUGAGCUUCGCGAUCUGUCGAUUUCGCGUACGACCUUUUCUUGGGGUAUUCCUGUCCCCCAAAAUUUCAAAAACAACCACGUCAUGUAUGUUUGGGUGGAUGCUCUGUCCAAUUAUUUGACGGGGAUUGAUUACUUCGGCCACCAAGGAACACUGCUGAAAUCCUUUUGGCCAGCCAGCGUCCAUAUCAUCGGCAAAGAUAUUUUGUGGUUCCACACUGUGAUUUGGCCAUGUUUGCUCCUCUCGGCCGGGAUCCCACUCGCUCAUCAAGUUUUUGCGCAUGGCUUUGUGAACGACAGAGAAGGUAAGAAAAUGUCCAAAAGCUUGGGCAAUGUUGUGGAUCCACACGACAUGCUCGAUAAGUUUGAUGUGGAUACCUUUCGAUGGUACCUGUGCAAGGAAGCCCCUUUUGGAGGAGAACUUUCGUUCAGCGAAGAAUCGAUGCGCGACAUGCACAAUGCUGACCUCUGCGAUACAAUCGGAAAUUUGGUACAUCGAGCAACAAAUCUUUGCCAAAAGUAUUGCGAUGGGGUGGUUCCUGACGUUCCUCCUCCGACCAAUCCACCCAUCAAUCUGGCCAGUGUCAUUAAAACGUUUCAAGCUCGCAUGGACAAAUUGGAAUUGCAAGCGGGUGCCACCGUAGUAAUUGGGGCCUUUCGAGAUGUGAAUGGUUUCUUGCAAGAGGAAGCGCCAUGGCUGAAAAAGGGCGACGAACACACGGAAACUCGCCGGAUCACCGUGCGAGCUUGCCUUGAGGCUAUUUAUGCGCUUUCGCACUUGUUGCUACCGUUUCUGCCCCAAAGCAUGCUGAAAGUGUUUCAAAAGUUCAACACUAAGGCGAUUGCGCUGGUAGAUCUGGACGUGAACUGUCGCAACCUAGAGUCGGGAUGCACAAUCGAAGUAGGCGGCGUACUCUUCACGAAGUCUUUGUCGGAUGCAGAGUUGAAAACUGUGGAGAAAAAUGGUACGAAGCAGAAGGAAAGUCAUGUGGAAGCGCAGAAACGUAAAAAAGAAGAAAAG